CCUUGAAAGCGCCGUAACCAGCAGCUGCUGAGCCAUGGCUGAAGGGGAAAUCACAACCUUCACCGCCCUGAUGGAGAAGUUUAAUCUGCCUCCGGGGAAUUACAAGAAGCCCAAACUCCUCUACUGUAGCAACGGGGGCCACUUCCUGAGGAUCCUUCCAGAUGGCACAGUGGACGGGACAAGAGACAGGAGCGACCAGCACAUUCAGCUGCAGCUCAGUGCGGAAAGCGUGGGGGAGGUGUAUAUAAAGAGUACCGAGACUGGCCAGUACUUGGCCAUGGACACCGAUGGGCUUUUGUACGGCUCACAGACACCAAAUGAGGAAUGUUUGUUCUUGGAAAGGCUGGAGGAAAACCAUUACAACACCUACACCUCCAAGAAGCACGCCGAAAAGAAUUGGUUUGUUGGUCUCAAAAAGAACGGAAGCUGCAAACGCGGUCCUCGGACUCACUAUGGCCAGAAAGCAAUUCUGUUUCUCCCCCUGCCAGUCUCCUCUGAUUAAAGAAAUCUCUUCUGG